AUGAUUUGCACUGGGUGCGACAGCGACAAGAUCGAAGAAGGAAACGAUGGGUUUUUCUACUGCCUAGAUUGCGGCGUUCAAGCGGUAGAUAUAAUCGCAACAGCCGUCAACGACGAGGAUUUAAUCGGAGAAGGCGGAACUACUCGCGGCGCAGUCUAUCAACACACCAACGCUCGCCGUCGACCAACACAUCUAAUGGAUACACCCGCGCAGCCUAUACACACAGAGGAAACAAUUCGAUACUCCCAAUUCCGCUCUCAGCUCCAAUCCGCCGCGAGCCUGAUCCCGAAAUUCGAACCCGGAGCCGGAUCCUCCGUUCACGUCAAACAAGAGCCAACCGAGCCGGCGGAUUUCGGAGAAGCUGGAGCUGAAGGUUUGAGCUACGAGGCGUAUUACAAAGAGACGAGAGAUCGAUACGUCGAUGGGUUUCUGAUGAUGAUAAUGGCUCAGUGCGAUGCGUUGGUUGAGAAAUUCAACGUGACGCCUUUGAUUAUUGGUUUGGUUGGACCUAUCAGCUUACGCUUCGUCGCUCUCUCCGGCGUCUUCGAUGAUGAUUGGGCUGAUAAGUCUAUUCACAAUUCCGAGCUUCAAUCACAAGAAGGAGAAGAUGUAAAGGUAGAAGGAAGAGAGCAUAAGCGGCGUAACAGAGACAGAAAUGGAUCCGAACCUCGUAACUUUGAAGGUAAAAGAGCAGUAUUGAUAUGGACAAGCCAGCUUAGAAAGUCUCUGCCUUUGUCAAGCUCUCUAGCUAUAUCUUUCCUUGUUUGUCACAAGGCUCGUGCACCUGUUCUUCCCACGGAUAUAGUGAGAUGGGUAGAGGAAGGCUCGGUUCCGUAUCGAACUUGUUUCCUCAAGAUUCAAGAAAAGAUGGGAGCGAGAUCGGCUGCUUGUCCUGUGGAAGCGAGGAUAAUGUUUGGCGUCGACGAGAUUAUCUCUGCUCAGAGUUUAGAAUCACGAGCCGCGUCUGUUGCUGAUAUCAUCGGUUUGGUUCUGCCUCCUGUUGAUUUAAACGGUAUAGCUUCAAACUAUCUGAAACGGUUAGAUGUUUCAAAGGAGAAGGUUCUUGAUUUGGUGCGUCGUAUACAGAGAUGGUCGAUGCCUUCGGAUUUAUACUUAUCGAAGAACAAGCACAGGCUUCCUACUCGUGUCUGUGUCAUGUCUAUUCUUAUUGUGGCUAUAAGGAUGAUUUAUAACAUCAAUGGAUUCGGCGUGUGGGAACGGAGUUUAGGUGGUGGUUUGGUUGAUGGUGACGAUGUUAGUGAGGCAGAGGCUGAUUCUCCAGUUCAUGAUGAUGAUGAUGAUGAGGUUUCAGAGAGGAGAUCUGUUGAUGAUGCCGAGUUACCAGAUGUCACGGAAGCUACUGAAUAUGAAACUGAAGAGCUUCUGAAGAACCUUGAAAUGAAGUAUUACGAGAUCGCUGCUGAAACUCCUGUACACAAAAAGGAUCUUUUGUCGUUUUUAUCGCACGGGAAAAACGAGCUCUUUGCUGGUUUUGAAGCAGCAUCAGCUGAUGAUACAUACAGAAAUGUUGAUAAUCUAUGGAAUGGUUACAAGAAGAAGAAUGAUGAUUUUGAACAGUUUGGGACUCCAUCCAAGAGAGGAAGAGACUGGGAAGAUGAUUUACCUUUUAACCAACUAAACUUGAGCGAUGAUGAGAACUUGCGUGAUGGAAACAGUCCUUGUGCUAGUCCUGCAGGAAGAAGCGAGUCAAUGGACUGCGAUGAGCCGUCUUUGCAACGUGCUCCAUCAUCACCAGAGAAUCAUAACCAAGAAGAGAGAUCAAAGGAAAGAGCGAUAAGCAGACUGAUAACAGACAUGGCGGAUAAUUUCUUCGUUUACAUACCGCCUCGUGUGAAGGUGAAGAGACAAGGCUAUCUACAGUAUGUGAGGAAGAAAGGAGAUGGAGAGUUGGUGUACUCUGCUCACGCUGAUUACUACGUUCUUCUGCGUGUUUGCGCUCAAGUCGCUGAGAUUGAUGCUAGGAAUUUGCAUAGAGGUGUGUUGAGCUUUGAGAGAAGAUUAGCUUGGAUUGAGAAAAGGAUUGAUCAGGUUUUGCAUGUAACGCCACCUAUUGUGAAAUGUAAGCUCUGUAAGGAUGAAGAUGAAGAUGAAGGUUUGGUAACUUAA